AUGGGUUUGCUGAACAGGUACAUUCACGACACAUUCACGACCGUGACGAUACCAGCAACAUUGGGCGCGGUGUUGACCGAAGCGCUGACGAAAAGACGCGCCAACGCCAACGCCAUCCUGUCUCCUCUCUCCUCGUACCAGCACCAGCACCAUCAGCAUCAGCCCCCACCUGCCCAACAGCCAAACCUAAACCCAAACCCAAAAUCAGACUUAGGCCCACACCUAGACCUAGCCUGGCUCCAAGACUUGGACAAGCGCGCCGCUGCACCCCCUAUUUUCAACUUUUCCAUUUGGUUCCGUAGGUUUGGUUUCGCAAGAGAGGGCCAUCUACUGCGCCAGGAACCACGUCACCGUUCUCCAACCAAACCAAGUAACAAGUUCGAGGAGAGGUGCGAAACCAAGCCCUUCGCAAAGCUUGUGUAUACUUCUUCGCAUCUCGUGCGAUUGAUGGCGGCCGCUACGCCCCCGUACAAUGUCUCCUUCGAACCUGCGAGGCUGGCGGAGACGUCCAUGCCAAUACCAAUUGAGCACUCCGAGGUUAUGGUCGACGAACAGCCUACGAAGUUAAAAGGAAGAACCAGGCUAUUGCAGGGUCUCCAACGAAUAUCCUCAUCCCCAUCUCUCGUUCAGCUGGGCAGAAAACGAGCGACGAGCAAUCCAUAUGGCGGCAGAAGCUCCUUGUCGUGUGUGAGUUUGGCUUCAGGAAGCUCUCCACGAAACUACGACAGCCCAUACUCCCCUCAGCCGCUUGGGGAAGAACAAUCCUCCGCCCCUACACCGUACCAAAGCACAUAUGGACUCGAUACGCCUUUCAUCGAUGGCUCAUAUGUUGAGCCCGCAAUUAGGCGGAGGGAGCAAGGCUAUUUCACCCCUGGCACAUCUGUUCCAACAAGCCCUCUACCACCGGAUGUGCGACCCCACUCUAGGGGAGCACUACUCCCAUUUCCACCAUAUUCGUCGGUUGCAGAGAUCCCCAAAGGCGUGUCUUUGGCUACGGCUCCCCCGAAAAGAGCACGACGAGUAAAGGUCGAUUUCUGGAAAGAAAUGCCCCAUGAAAUUAAGGUUGCUAUUUUUGCAUAUCUGACGCCAAAACAGCUCGUGCGGAUCUCCGUCGUGAGCAAGGACUUCCAUAAGAUGUGUUUUGAUGGGCAACUUUGGACUUGUUUCGAUGCCUCGGAAUUCUAUAAGGAUAUUCCUGCCGAAUCUCUGGCCAAGAUUAUUGUUGCGGCUGGGUUCUUCGUGAAGGAUCUCAAUCUUCGAGGUUGCGUUCAAGUUGAACACUACAAACGGGCAGAGGUCAUCGUGAAGGCGUGCAGGAAUCUCAUAAAUGCAACUCUCGAGGGAUGCCGGAAUUUCAAGCGACAUGCCCUUCACAAUCUCCUCGAAUCCAAUGGGAGGCUGGCCAAUCUAAACCUCACUGGUCUUACAGCUGUCACUAACGGAACUUGCAAGAUCAUCGCCCAAUCUUGUCCGUCACUAGAAGUCUUCAAUGUUUCGUGGUGUACUCGCAUGGAUGCUCGCGGCAUUAGGACCGUCAUUCAGGGAUGCCGCUUGCUCAAAGAUCUUCGAGCGGGAGAAGUCAAGGGAUUCGAUAACCUAGACCUGGCUCAAGAUAUUUUCGAGACCAACAGGCUAGAGAAAUUGGUUCUCAGUGGCUGCACUGAUGUCAAUGACAAGGCACUCCAAACUAUGGUCGCUGGUCGGGACCCAGAAAUUGAUAUCCUCACUGAUCGUCCUGUGGUGCCCGUCCGCAACCUUCGACAUCUUGACCUCAGUCGGUGUAGCCAUCUUACCAGCGCCGGUGUGAAGGCAUUGGCUCAUUUAGUUCCUGAGCUACGAGGACUUCAACUAAGCGGCUGCUCCCUCCUCACUGACGAUGCUCUAUCAGAUAUUCUUGCUACCGCUCCUCAUCUCACCCAUCUCGAUCUCGAGGAGAUCCCGGAGCUUACCAACACACUCCUCUCCCAAGACUUGGCCAAAUGCCCUUGCGCACCCAAGCUCAAACAUCUCUCUGUCAGCUACUGCGAGAAUAUUGGCGACGUAGGUAUGAUACCUGUAGUCCGGGCCUGUACCGCCCUUCAGAGUAUCGAUAUGGACAAUACCAAAGUCAGCGACCUUGUGCUAGCAGAAGCAGCCGCUAUGGUUCGCGCUCGCUCCUCACGGACAACAUCCCCCGAGUCUCUCCCACGCGUCGGCCUCCGCAUGGUAGUGUUCGACUGCGCGAACGUGACAUGGACAGGCACACGAGAAGUCCUAUCCUGCAAUUCCGAAGUCAAGAAACCAAGUGGUACCCAAAACGGGGCGGUGACAUACCCCACUGAAAUCAUAUCCUUAAAAUGCUUCUACGGAUGGCAAAUGACUGUCGAUGAGCAUACAAAGCGGGUUCUCCGAGGCGAUUUCUCAGCCGCGGGAAGACUGGAGCGCAAAUGGACAGAGUACCAGAUGGCCAAUGAAGAAGCCGGUGCCGGCGGCGCAGGUGCCCGGAGAAGGCGCCGGAGGGCUAGAGAAGCCCAGAUGCUCCAUGCGGAUGAGGAGGAGGGCGGGGUGGGCAUGGGAGGUAUUGGACGGAGAAGGAGGGCGCGAAGCAAUGGAUGCAGUGUUAUGUAA